AUGCCUUAUGCCUGCAGCUCGGAUGGGCACUCGGGUCUUCCAGAGUCGGCAGUUGUACCGGCAAGAGAACCUUGGUCGCUGCCGCCAGCCCGCAAUCCGUCGGCGGCCCCAAUCUCGAUAGUAGUCAAUGGCUCAGUAGACUCGCCUCAUCUCGACAACCCCAGACAGUUGGCAGCUCGCCUGAUUGCCGCUGCCUCCUCAGUCGCCAAGGUGACACCAUCCAAAGAGUCAACUGCUGCUCUGACGGCAGCAGCACAGGCUGCCAUGGCGGCUGCGGUCAAUGCCAGUUCCAGAGACGUCAGGUCUUCAUCGCACAUUGACCUGUCCAGCCUGGAUCGUACACUCUUCAAUCUGCCCCAUGAUCAACUGCUGGCCUACUUCGCGAACAUGAAGGAGUCUACGGCCUGA